AUGGGAAAAGACAAGAGGGGUAGAAUGGUUUUUAAUUCUCAGGAAUCAGAUGAGGAAAAAUAUUCCAAGACACUAAAAAAACACCAUAAGUUGAGUCAUUCAGAGAAAGGUCCGGAUAAUGGUUCAUAUAAAAAAAAAAAUUACGAAAAUGAAAAAAGUAAACUUAAUUUAAAAAAAGAUAAAAAGAAAAAUUCUAAAGAAAAUAUAAAUUCAUUUAGUUCUCCUCAUUCUACUAGUAGCAAUUCUGAUUUGAACAACAUGGACAUGGGAUUAUCCAUUGGAUCGACGUCGAAUAGCGAGAACGAAUUUAAAAUUCUGAAGGAGGAAGAAAACGAUGAUAAAUUUUUAGAAGAAAGGAGAAGAAAAAGAGAAGCAAUAAAAGAACGACUUAAAGAUUUAAUGAAUGAUAAUGAGAAGGAUAAAGCUGAUCUACCCAUUAGCCUUAUCAGUAAUCCUUCGAUUGAUAGUAAAGUUGACCCAAUAAGGGGUAUGAAUGAUGGAUGUAACAAUGGCGAUAAUAUAAAACAAGAUGACGAAAAUGAAGACCUAUACGCAAGUUACAAAAAGAAUGAUUUGUCUGAAAGUCUAAAUGAGAUUCCCCAUAUGUUGGAUGAUAUGAUCCAUGACGACGCGGCUUGCAUAUUUGCACCAAACAAAGAAGUCAUGGAAGAUACUUGUUCUUCAUUAUCGUCCGAUCAUGAAAUAAUUGAAGAUAAAUCAAGCAAAGAAAAAAGCGAAUCUCUUAAAGAAUCUGGUGAUUUAUAUUAUGAUUUAAAAAAAAAGAUUAUGGAAGAGAAAGCUAAAAUUAGGGCCUUUAUAAUUAAACAAAAGGAGUUACACGAAAGGAGCAAGAUGAACAUGGAAGAGGGCUCCUUUGCACAUAAGAAUAAAGAAUGCAUUACAACAAAUAAAGGACGAAUUUACGAUAAGAACAAUCAUCUGAAUGAGAUGGAAGAUAACGAUAACGAUAAUGAUGAAGACGAUGUAGAUAUGUUCUCAAGCAUCCAAUCAGAUAAAAAGAAAAAAAUUGAAAAUAUUCGAAUAACCGAUUAUUAUGCAUCUGAAAAUGUAAACUUGUCAGAUAACUGGAACGACUCAGAGGGAUAUUACAAGGCCAUCGUUGGAGAAGUAAUUGAUAAUAGAUAUAGCGUAGUAUGUGAAUUAGUUGGAAAAGGAGUUUUUUCAAAUGUUCUAAAAUGUUAUGAUAUGAUAGGAAAGCUUCCAGUAGCCAUUAAGGUUAUUCGAAAUAAUGAUAUGAUGCGUAAAGCAGCAGAAAAAGAAAUAUCCAUCUUAAAAAAAUUAAACGAUUAUGAUAAAGACAAUAAGAGACAUAUUGUUCGUUUGUUGAGGAGUCUCAAGUAUAAAAAUCAUCUAUGUUUGGUUUUCGAGUGGAUGUGGGGAAAUCUCAGAAUAGCCCUUAAGAAGUACGGCAAUGGAUAUGGUUUAAAUGCAACAGCCGUCCACUGUUACACGAAGCAGCUCUUUAUAGCAUUGAGACACAUGCGUAAAUGCAGAAUAAUGCACGCUGAUUUAAAACCGGACAAUAUACUGAUUAACGAGAAAUUUAAUGCAUUAAAAGUAUGUGAUUUAGGAAGUGCAAGUGAUAUAUCAGAAAAUGAAAUUACUUCCUACCUAGUUAGUAGAUUUUAUAGAGCCCCAGAAAUUAUUCUUGGCUUUCGCUACGACGCACAAAUAGAUGUGUGGUCGGCAGCGGCUACUGUUUUUGAGCUUGCCACUGGCAAAAUCCUCUUUCCCGGGAAAUCAAAUAAUCAUAUGAUAAAAUUAAUGAUGGAAUAUAAAGGAAAAUUUUCACACAAAAUGAUAAAAGGUGGUCAAUUUUAUUCACAGCAUUUUAACGAAAAUUUAGAUUUCAUAUAUAUGGACACGGACUAUUACACGAAAAAGGAAGUUGUUCGUAUAAUAUCUGAUUUGAGGCCAACGAAAAAUAUAACAUGUGAUUUGCUAGAACAUCAGUAUUGGUUGAAAGGAAAUAGCCCCAAGAUGCAAUUUUUAAAAAAAAAAAUUAAGCAAUUAGGAGAUUUGCUAGAAAAAUGCUUAAUGCUUGACCCGUCGAAGCGAUACACACCAGACCAGGCCUUACAACAUCCGUAUUUAAGAGAAUCAAUUCACUUUUCAAAAUCUCAGAAUGAAUGA